AUGUUAAUACAAUCUUUUAUUUGUUUUAAAAUGUUUCCAAAAUUUGUUGGAAAAAGAAUUGUUUAUAUUCGAUUAACAAUUGCAAUAGCUUCGACUUUUUGUUUCUUUACUGCUUUUUUUCUUGGUUUGGCAGCCUCUUUGACCUUUCAUCAUUAUUUCCCCGAUUUGCCAACUCCUCGACCUUGGAACAGGAAAUUCUCGCCUAUGCCUGGUUAUGGACUUCAUUGCCUUUCAGCGGUUGCAGAAUGGACUCUAGCUAUUUUACACAUGUCCUUUCUUCUCUCGUAUUCAAGAGAAUUUGAAAAAAUAAGAGUCGAAUUUAAAGUUAAAACAAUUGUUCAACAUUUGGAUCAUAGCCCUUUAUCUAAUUCUAAUACUGAUUUAUUAAAUAUUUAA